CUAAGAAAUAGUCAACUGGUCAACCCGGCAAAAAGAAAUCAUAACUAAAAAUAUUAUUUACCAAGAGACUGACCACUUGCAUGCUUCACUCGUCGAGCAAGCCCGCUUUUUCAACCACGGAUCUUCGUCUUCUACACUUCUCUCGCUUUUCCUGUGCUGAUAGUUUGCCUGAAACUCUGCUAUAAAUAGUCGAUUGACACCUCUGUCGCAGGGAUACCUUGUCGUUGUUCAACUCGGCUCAGCGCAAACCCCUGAAGUGCCUACAUCAUAAUAGACCCCCGCAUUGCAAUCCUUCAACACUUUCUCCCUUGAGUAUCAGCUACUCAUAACGUCAUAUUUAUAGGUGGCUUGCUGGCUAUAGCUAGAUAUAAGCGCGAUUUGGAUGCGAAGCUCCAAUUGCAAACAACGGCAUCACCGGGCUACGGACUACACAGCACACGACCGCCAGCGGAUCGCUUGGCUAAAGAGACCAGCGGUUGGGAAGCAAGCACUAACUGUAAAAGCAUGUUUAGAAACUAUCUAACCAGCUGAUGCACGUUUGUUCUGUCAUUCCUUUUGCUUCUUGUUCGUGGUUCUGGCGAUUCCAUUCCAUCAUCACCAUCCAAGUGCAACCACCUAUAUUUACCUCAACCAGGACUCGCUUGCGCGAGUGGACAGCGAACCUGGCACCACAAGUGAUAGUGAACAGCUCUGAUAGCUGCCCUAGUCCCGCUGCGUUGGAUGCCACAUCUCCAACUUCAACAGUGGGCUCUGGCGCUUCCGCUUCCCUGAAAGCCGCCAACAACCCCUCGACUCUUUCCCCGAACUAUCAAAGUAGCUAUUCGCGCAACAACUCAAGACAUCGCACGCCAAAGAAAAUACGAGAUCUCCUCGGCCAAGCCAAAUCGUUUCGACGUAAAACCGCUGCGAAGAUGUCUGAGGCUCAUUUCCAGUCGCCAUUGACCAAACGGUCCCGCUCGGUGGAUAGUAGGGCUUCGGGACAGUGGGCGUCGGCUUCAGGAGAAGAGGAGAAUGGCAGCAUGUCGACUGAGGAUAACGGAGAUAAACGGGGCAUUCCAGCUUUCUUACAUUGCUCAGGUGCAGAAAUUCAGAAGAAAUUCAGCGAAAUCGAGAUGCUCCAAGCGAUUAGAUUGUCGGGGAUAGGAGGGCCAGCGGGGGGGAAUGAAUCGCGGAAAUGGGUUUUGGAGAAUCGCCCAGAGAUUCUACCGAGGAAUCGAUAUGUCAAUAUAAAGGUGUGGUCACAUUCUCGGAUCCAUCUUAAAGUGCCGGAUGGGGAAUGCGACUUUAUCAACGCGUCUCCGAUUUCUUUGAGCCACUCUAAAACCGGAAACCCUGCUCGCUACAUUGCUGCACAGGGUCCAAAAACCGACUACUUAGAGCACUUUUGGAGUAUGGUGCUUCAUGAAACCGGAGAUGUUGCAGUAGUGAUUAUGCUCACCCAGAGUUAUGAACAAGGCAAAGAGAAAUGUUCGCCAUAUUUCCCACUGACUAUGGAAGAACCCGUGUUCCACCUUUCUCGCGCCGUAGCCGCCGAUCCAUUUGUAGAUCGCAACGGGAAUGACGAGGUGGAAAGAACCUUUGUUGGAAAAGUGUCCCUUCUGGAAUAUGCCUACGACGACAAAUGUCGUUGUGAAAUCCGCAAACUCGAACUUAAGCUUGAGUCCCAAACCAAGAUUGUCUGGCAUUAUCUAUUUGCUGGGUGGACUGAUUAUAUGAAGCCGGAGGGCAAAGACCGCGAUGCAAUCGUCGAGUUGACCAAAGUUACGGCUGAGAAGGCCGGCUCUCUGGAAAAUCCUCGCAUUGUACACUGUAGUGCCGGCGUAGGUCGGACAGGAACGUUCAUAACUAUUGAUCACCUUCUAAGGGAGAUGCAGACGGGAAACUUAUUGAAGACAACCGACGACACAGAUCCGAUCUUCGAUACGGUGAAUCUUCUCCGUGAACAGCGGAUACACAUGGUCUAUACUGAAAUGCAAUACCAAUUUCUUUACGAUAUUCUCAGGGAACAGGCUCACCUUUUCCUCGGCCGGGAUAAUAAUAAUACUAAUAUGCAUGACAAGAAAGUGAAGUCUCCUGGAUCCCGCUCGCAGAAGAUGGCGAAGUACUCUUCCGACACCCCGUUCGAGCCUACACAGAAAGAAGAGCUAGUUCCCAUCAUCGACUCUAUCCCUACCCCAGGCAAAAGAUAGAGGUCUGGAGGCUGCUUAUCAUUUUUUUCCCCCUUCUUCAUUCAUAACCCCUUACGCGUUUUGGAUACAUACCGUAAACUUAUGCGUUGGUGAACCUUUACGGCAAUUAUAUCCUUCCCAUUUUCUCUUUUUUAUACAUUUUCAACUUUCUACUUACAUCGGUUUAUUCCUUCCUGCAUGUCCCUUCUAUGAUCGAUUUUCUAUGUCUUUUACUUCACCAUGUGGUAUCUGAGUUUCCGUGGUUAUUAUUUUGCAUUUUCACUUUAACUUUUUUCCGUCAUCCCCUUGUUCCGUCCCAUUCUUGGCAACACUUUCUUGCUGGCCCCUUUCUUCCUUUUUUUCUUUUAUUUAUAUCGUCAUGACUCUCAUAGUGGUUUCUUUGAACGCACAUAAUGUUUCGUGAAUGACUUGCAUGGGAUGGGUAUUUGAAUACAUAGAGGAACUCGUCAUUCAGAUGGAUUAGGAGGUUAGGAAAGGAUGGUCUCCCUGAUCAUCCGCUAUGGUUUGCAUUUUUUUUUUUUUCUUCGUUAUUACUAAAUUUCAUAUUUCUCUACGUUUUCUUAUUCCAUUUUAUUUCCUCUCUUUCUGAAUCGUUCGCUGGAAACAGACAGACGUUGGUUGGCUGGUCCGCCGUCACGGUCGUUCAAGCUAAGUAGUUACAAUAUUGUAACAUCUUGAAAUGUUGAGACAAAAGGCAAAACGAUUAUAACUGAAACGAAACACGGCCUUGAACAUAUUAUAUAUACUAGAUUGCAUUCAUAACGGGAACGGUGGGAGGUCAUUCUCACAGGUAUAUUUAGUAGUAUAUUGCCUGGACAGCAAGCGCCCACUUACUGUAUUCUUAAGAUGCUACCCUCGAUCGGACUUUAGGUGAAAGCGGAGCAAAAAAUAAUCCGUAAACAUGUGCCGUUAUGCGCUACAUGUGUUUUAGAAAGUUGUAUACAGUUUGUCAUAAAUUGCAAUCAAGAUGGAGCGAAAACCAAA